CAUUUGAUUCAACUUCCAUACAACAACUCCAGAGCUCUCCGUCUCUUUCAGCAACUUUUCAUUGAGAUAGAGUUUAGUGUGGAGAGUAGUUUGAAAAUAGUGCGCUUUGUGGUGUGACGAGAAAAGCCAGAAUUCCUUUUCCAAAACUGGCAAAAAGGAUAAAUUUCUGCUACAAUCUCGUCAUCCGACAUAUUCUGACAUUUCCUAUCUACAUACGUUUGGAGUGAGAUGAAUAAUAUAUUUUUCGUGUGAAUGAAAAAAAAACACACAGAAGCGCUAAAAGGUUGUCUGAGAAGAGAGAGAGAGAGGAUACCAUGUCAACUAUUGAAGAACGAACUGCCUAUUUGGACAAUCCGUUCUUCACCAAACAUUUAUACGGUAAUUUCUCACCAUUCUACGUGACCAUCGGGAUUUGCACUCUCCUGGGUGUUGUUCUUUUUGUCCUCAACAUUAUUUUUGGUUGCUGUUCGCGCCAUCGCGACUACUGGCAGGAUCGACACACAGGAAAUCGGUGGUUAAUCUCUAUUUGGUCAGCAACACCACACAAACAGCCUCCGUUGGAUCUUACGGAAUUGAAAGACGAAGAGGCUUUUCAUCCUUACAGAAUCACAGGUGAGGAAGUUGAACAUUCAGAGUACAUUGCCACUCAUCAUCGUCCUCACUACGAAAGUCGUCAUCUGCACCCAAGCCAUCGUCAGGAAGAGUACGUGGAACUGCACAAGCGAGAGAGUGACAUUUGAAAACGAAAGAUGGUAUUCAUAACUUUGUACCCAGCAGUGGCCAUGCUAGCCAUGUUUAUCGUCUUGAUCAUCAUGGUGAUUCUUCGUCAUGGAGAGCGUCUCUGCAAUCUGCGUCAUCACGCUCUUCCGGACGACAGAGAGUUGGGCGAAAUGGCCUAUGAGCAGCGCAUUAGCGUUGCCUGAUCAUCCUCCACAUUUCGCAAGGAAUUGUUGAAAUCUCUGACAUUCUUCAAAUCCGUCCUUUCUUGGAGUCUGAUUUUUCGCACCAUUUUUUAAACAAACAGACCGUAGAUUUAACACAGUGUUCAUCUUAAGUAGAUUUUUAUAAAGAAAAUUUUUGAGGGAACUUAUUGAAAGAUCCCAGAUAUGGAAUUCUUUUUUCGAAUAAAUAAAAUCUAAAUAUUGAA